AAAUUUAAAGAAGUUAGUUGGUGAAAUUGGGUCCAUCACCAGCUAUGCCGCUUGCGUGUUUACUCUUCAGUUAAGACUUUAAAGACUUUGCCAAAUUUAAUUCUUUUUUAAGGGUUUGAGGAUGAUGAGUUGAUGAUGAGAUUGGGGUUUCUUAAAAGGAAUUAAAUUAUAGUAGGUUUUGAUUCUUAUCCAUGAAUCUUAGGUUUUAAAUCAUGGAACAAUCUGUUUCACAUCAGUCAUCUAAUGCUCUCAGAGGGUUUCGAGUUCAAGCUCCAUUGGUUGAUUCUGUAUCUUGCUAUUGUAAAGUGGAUUCUGGAUUGAAGACAGUUGUUGAGGCAAGAAAAUUUGUCCCGGGAUCAAAGCUUUGUAUCCAGCCUGAUAUCAAUCCCAAUGCUCACAAGAGUAAAAGCUCUCGCAAAGAGAGGAGUCGAGUCCAGCCACCUCUCCUCCCUGGCCUUCCUGACGAUCUUGCCAUUGCAUGUCUGAUUCGAGUUCCUCAUGCUGAACACAGAAAACUCCGCCUAGUUUGUAAGAAAUGGUAUCACCUUUUGGCUGGUAACUUCUUUUUUUCUCUUAGGAAAAGUCUUGGAAUGGCAGAAGAGUGGGUUUAUGUCUUGAAAAGAGAUCGUGAUGGAAAGAUAUCAUGGAAUGCCUUCGAUCCUAUCCAUCAGCUAUGGCAGCCACUUCCUCCUGUUCCAAGGGAGUACUCUGAGGCACUUGGUUUUGGUUGUGCCGUUCUAAGUGGCUUCCACCUGUACUUGUUUGGGGGAAAGGAUCCACUAAGGGGGUCAAUGAGACGAGUUGUUUUCUAUAGUGCUCGGACAAACAAGUGGCACAGAGCACCAGGUAUGCUUCGAAAACGUCAUUUCUUUGGUUCCUGUGUAAUAAAUAACCGCCUUUAUGUGGCUGGCGGAGAAUGUGAUGGAAUUCAUAGGACUUUACGCUCUGCUGAAGUUUAUGAUCCUAACAAGAACAGAUGGAGUUUUGUUCAAGAUAUGAGCACUGCUAUGGUACCUUUCAUUGGGGUAGUUUACGAUGGAAAGUGGUUUGUAAAAGGUCUGGGGUCUCAUCGCGAAGUUAUGAGCGAAGCAUACGAUCCUGAAUCUAAUUCCUGGUCUGCUGUUAGUAAUGGGAUGGUUUCUGGUUGGCGCAACCCUAGUAUCUCUUUAAAUGGAAAGCUCUAUGCCCUGGAUUGCCGUGAUGGAUGUAAGCUUAGGGUGUAUGAUGGAGCCACAGAUUCAUGGAAUAAAUUUAUUGAUAGUAAGCUCCAUUUCGGGAGUUCUCGAGCUUUGGAAGCUGCUGGCUUAGUUCCUCUCAAUGGCAAACUUUGUAUCAUUCGCAAUAACAUGAGCGUAAGUCUCGUUGAUGUUUCCAGUCCAGACAAACAGGUCGAAAGCAACCCUCAGCUUUGGGAAAACAUUGCCAGUAGAGGUCAUUUCAGGACUCUCUUUACAAAUAUAUGGUCGAGUAUAGCAGGCCGAAGUAGCUUGAGAAGUCAUAUCGUUCACUGUCAGGUUCUUCAAGCAUGAAAAAGGGGAAUUAUAAUUCUUUUAUCCAUGUUAAAGUUUCCUGCAUUUUUUUUAUUCAAAUCUUUUUUUGUAUACCGACAUUUUGUGGUUCAGCUCAGCACACCUCCUGAAUGGAAAAGCUGAAUAUAUAUUCUUCUGUUACCUUUCAUGAUGUUCUUAUUCUUGCAAUGGCGAUUGAUAUCAACGGUGACCCACCGGGGGAGGGGACUGAUAUCCAACAUUAAGAAUGUUUUGCUUGUGACAGACUCAAUGACCAAGGGUGCUUUCGAGAUAUCGAGUAACACAGCUUGGAUGUUAUCCCAUGGUGCAUUUGCAGGUGAGGUGGUUCACUGUUGAUAUUUUGAGGUAAUUUCUUUACAUUUAUGAAGAGAGCAAGCAGAUACUUGUAAAUCUUAGUCAUUUGGGCUUAGAAUUGGUCUUUUUUGUGAGAACUUUUUAUAUCUUUUUGUAGCAUGUUAGUCUUUGAGAUGUACAAGCAUAUAUUUAUUAGAUAUUUAUAAAGAUGUUUAUGUCUAA